CACCGGAAGUGAGCGUGAAGGCGAAGCGGCCACGGGCAAGAUGGCACGGAGCGUACUGUGUACAUGCCUCGGUGUGCUUCAACUAGGCAGGAAAACCGCGCUGCUGUCCGGCGCUCGUUUCUACUCGCAGAGCGAAGCGGAGCCGCUGACACUGAAGCAGCAAAGCGACGGAAUAAGGAGAAUAAUACUAAACAACCCCAAGAAGAGGAAUGCUUUGUCUCUGUCCAUGCUCGAGUCUCUCCGAGAGAACAUCUUAGCUGAUGUUGACAGCGACGAUCUCAGAGUUGUCAUCCUAUCAGCCAAAGGUCCGGUGUUUUCCUCUGGACACGACCUGAAGGAGCUGACAUCUGCUCAGGGUCGAGAAUAUCACACAAAGGUGUUUCAUACCUGCUCAGAGGUGAUGACGCUGAUACAAGACAUACCUGUUCCAGUGAUCGCCAUGGUGAAUGGUGUUGCCACAGCAGCCGGAUGCCAGCUUGUUGCCAGUUGUGACAUCGCUGUGGUGACGGAGAAGUCCACCUUUGCUACUCCGGGUGUCAGCGUGGGUCUGUUCUGCUCGACGCCGGCGGUGGCCAUUGGCAGAGUGGUACCAAGAAAGGUUGCUAUGGAGAUGUUGUUCACAGGAACUCCCAUCUCAGCCCAUGAUGCUUUGCUCCACGGUCUGGUCAGUAAAGUGGUGCCGGAGGAGCAGUUGGAAGAGGAAACAUUAGCCAUUGCCCAGCGUAUCUGUAAAGCUAGCCGACCUGUUGUAGCCCUCGGAAAGGCCACUUUCCAAAGACAAAUGGCUCAAGGUCGCGAUGCUGCGUAUGCCACCGCUUCAAAGGUGAUGGUCGACAACCUGGCUCUGAGAGACGGGCAGGAGGGGGUCCGCGCCUUCAUAGAGAAACGCAAACCAGUGUGGAGCCAUAAAGCAGAAAAAGCCCACAACUGACUGAGUUUUAGCAAAUUAUACAAUGAUCAUGUGAUUAAUAUUGACAGGAACACAUGAUUAGCACUCACUGGUGAGUUGAGUAAUUACCACCAGCCUUCAGUGAAUGUGUCGGCUGUGCUGUUUCAUGUUCUCUGAGGAUUUCUUCCUGUUCACCGUAUAGAAAGAUGAUGAAGAUCCAUUGUGUGCCUUAAACGCUGCUGUGAGAGCAAUGAGAAGGAAAUACACUGUUGACUAAGAUGGUGGAUAACAAAAUUGACAUAAUAGAUAAAUGCUGCUUUCUGUCCAAUUUUAGAUGGAUUAAAUGAGGUUAAGAAUGGAAAGAGAAUCUUAAUGUUGAGAUGAGCUACAUCUAAGCUCUGUUUGCUAGACUGUAAAUCCUAAACAGAAGCUGAAGUUUGGAUCUUUGAGCAAAAUUACUUUUUUUUUCAGAUCCUGGUUUAAUUAGUUCUGGAUUUGUAAUUUGAAAUAAGUAGAAGAUUAUAAAAAUUAAUAGUCUUGACACAAAACUAUAAUAUUAUAAUUCAAUAAGCUUGUUGAAAUACAACACUCUACUUCAGUAGCUUAUAGAGGUAUGAAAUGUUGCCAGCAUUUCAGUAAAAAAUUUAUAACAACAUAAAUCUAAAAAAUGAAGUAUUUUUAGGGAUUUUCUUGGUCCUGUUACACAUAAUCCUCACAAUGACUGACGUUUGUCCAUCACCUUUUAUUGUGCCAGCUUUUUGUUAAGUGGUGUUUGUGUUAGUUUCUGUUGUUUUGGUUAAAAUUUGCAUUAAAAUUAAAACUCACAUAUGGA